CCGAAAGUAGACCUUAUCCGGUUGCUAUGGUAAAUAUGAAGCGAAAUGGCGGUGUAAAUAAAUUCAGCAAGCCCCUUUCGGAUAGAUAGGGGCAUCAUUUCAAGCCAGGAGGCUAACUGGGACAUCAUUUGCGGGAUAUGCGUGUAGGCCUCCACAAAAUAAUGAAGAAUGACUGCACAAUCAGUUUUAACGAAAGGGAAAUUCCACGAUUUCACAUUUCGAAGGACUGUUUCAGCAUCCCCAGGAAAUGAUUCAGAUGCUGUUGGGAGUUCUCUAGGGGGGCGUGUCCCCAUGUAUAUGGACGCUACUGCCCCAGCUGUUAUAAGAUUAACACACACUGGUACUAAUAGCAAACCAACAUCAGCCUAUUCUACAAUUUCCACAAGAAACCAUUUAUUUGACAUCAAUGAAACUAUUGUUGUCCAAGAGUCUCACAAUACAGGGACAAUUGUAGGUGCUCAUUCCGAUCACAAGGCAGCACAGAGUCACUCACAGCCAUUUAUCUAUCCAGAUAGAUUGCCAUCUAGAAAUGGCUUUAUCACCGCAAAGCAGUCGUUAUCACAAAUUCAGGACAGUCGAGCAUUAGAUGUUGCCGAUAUCCACUCCUUAUUAACGUCUGAUGCUAACCGCAGACCAUCAUCACGUAUACUUCGGGAAAAUACAUCAAAAGAUAUCAAGCCACCAGAUCAUGAAUUCACAGAUUUGGCAAGAUGUAAAACUGCCACUACACUUAGAAGUGGUUUUAUUGAGGAAACUGACAAUCAUACUUGCCCAUCAGGUCAUUCCGAUGAAGAUGAUAAAGACAAAGACAACGGUGAUCAAGUUGAAGAUAAAGACGAGUUGGAAGACACCUUCCCCUUAAAAGGAAAUCCCUACCUGCAGGAGCCGGACAUCGUUAUCAAUGUUCCAAGUAAAUCAUCGACUAAGAAAGGUAAAAAGAACAAAAAGAGAUCUAAAUCUUCAUUGAGCACAAAGAUGAAAAUAAAAUUACAGACAAGUAAUAGACUUUAUCAACAGAGUAAGAUGAAGAUCAUACCACCAGCAACAAAAGUAAAAUCAGACAAAGAGAAUAGAACCUCUGCAAAUGACAGUACAUUUUCAAAUCUAUCAAGUGUUCUACAAGCUCAGUGUAAACCUAUCACAUUAGUAAAACAUGAACAAGUUCCAGUUUCAUCACCAAAACAUACUCAUAGGUCUGGUGCUAUGUCAGAAAUCUUGCGACCAAAAAUUGCUCAGAUUGAUGCUUUAAAGCCGUACAGCAAAUCAUCAGGAGGAUCUAGGAGAGCAGGAGGAACAGAUUCACUAACUUCUCAAGAGAAAUUGCCUCAAAUGACGAUAAAUAAUCUAGUGCAACAAAAUUCAAGUCAAGAACCAAGUGUACAUAUGUCUUCAGGUAGUGAUUUACUGAGUACUUCAAAGUCUUUCCUCCAUAAUGAAAAUCGUGUGACUUAUUAUCAGACGUCUGUAAAUGAAAUUACAAAAGUAACCAAAGUGUAUUUAUCUGAGAAACAUUCCGGUACGAUGAAGGACUGUGGAAUGGAAUAUCCUUGUGCACCUCCUGCCACACCAACACCAGAUCAACUGAAAAAGGUGGAAUAUGUGCCAAGUAUGAAUGAUAUAAGGGCACAAAGAGCUGUCAAGUUAAAGCUACAGGUGCUAGAAAAGGAAGCGAGCAAAAAGAUGGAGAAACAGAAGGAAGAAAAGGCAAGACAGGAUAAACUUCAAAUGAAGGAUAGAGAGAAGGAAUUGAAGAUGAAACAAAGAAAUGAGAUUUAUGCCCUGAACAAAGCCAUGACAGAGUUAGAACAGCAAAGAUUUCAGGAGUUUUGCUCUAAGAAAGGAAUCGUGUUAUGAGUUGUACACUAGAAUAAUACUCAACGGCCCAUAUGACAAUCCACGUGUCCUGAUUACAUAAAAUCUGUGAGGAAAUCUUGUUUAAUAAUGUUGAUGUAGGUAGUGAGUAAACUGUGUGUUCCUGAGCUUGUUAUAAAUCACGGAAUGCAAUGUAUUAAACUGAGCAGGUUUAGAAUACAGUGAGAAGAACUGAAAUCAUAGAUGAUUGUCAACAUUUUUCAAUUUUUGAAAAUGUAUGAAAAAUGCCAAUUACAUAGAUAUUCAAAAUACAUGAAUGCAUUGUGUAGCAAUUUAGUAAAUAGCAAAGUACGUCCUGUUUUGGUAAUCUUCAAACGAUAUCUUUUCAAGUCUGAAACGCGAUUUAUAUAUUUUCAUUUUGAAAAAUUAUAUCAUUCCUGCUAACAAAUAUAGUCUAUUCGAAUACAAUAUAUAUCCGAAAGCAGAUAUAAGUCCAAAAAGACAUUAGAGGCAUUUGAGAUAUCUUUAUUGAAAUGCGUGUAACUAUGCAUGCCAUGACAUAUUAUUGUGUCAAAAAGCGAUCACAAAUUGAUAGGUACUGCUUGAUACAUAUCUGUACAUGUAUAUUAUAGCGAUUAGGGUUUUCUAUGAUUAAUAUACAAACAUCUUUGUUUUUUCUUAGACGACACAUACAAGUAUGGAUCUUUUAGCGUUUACUUAAUUAACUGCUAGUAUUACGCCGACUGUAUGGGAAAGGCUACUAUCUAUUAAAUCAGGUCCUUUUAUUUACAAGAAAACUUUUUUUUUAUUUCUAUUUUUCGUGCUUAAUUUGUUAAUGUAAAUUAUUCUUGCACUUAUUAAAAUUAUGAUAAAUUUAUUAUUUAUUUCAUAAUAUGAAAUAAAUAAUAAAUUAAUCAGAAUUUGGUGUUACGCCAAUUCCAAUUUUUAAGUUUAAUAUUGUGCUUCGGUUUUAAAGAUUCAAAGACAUGUACUUUUAGUAUAUCCUUGGUCAAAUUAAGUCAUCAUCUUAUUGUUAUGAAUUUUUUACUUUUUUAACAGUUUUAUUGAAAACCAGUGUCCAAUAAAUCCGCUUUACAGAGCUGAACAUUUGUAUUGAAAAGCCAGAUUGAAAACAUUACCUAUGUAUUUCGAUAUCAGUCCUAACCUCAGACUAAAAUAGGUUAUAAACAAACUAUAACGUUACAAAAUUAAGAAUCAAUGUAUCAGUGAUUUAUCAAUGAUUUAACUAACGAUUCAUGAAAGAUACUGAAACAAUUGCAUAACAAAUAAAACCCCAUUGGUGUCAUUAAACUCAGACAGUCGUAUUAAUGGAAGGUGAAGAACAAGGUAGGCUGAGUAUUAUAAUUGGUAGUAGGAUUGUUGAGUUGGAAGUGAUCUGGACUCCAUUCUAUGCACAUCGUUCGAUGAAGUUUACUCAAACUAUAUUCUAGCAAAAUAUUGUGGUAUGAAAAUGAUUUACUUAAUAUGUAAAAUGAACAAUUAAUUUAUAAUAUAUUGUAUAUGUGAAACCCUGACUUGGAUGGGAGUUUGUCCGUUGCUUUCAUAUGGAAUCAUAGUGAAGUAAUAUAUUACCUUCCUUUGUUGAUGAAAUAGUCUAGUCUGAAAUGAUUAUAUUUAAUGGGUAUGUUACUGUAAUGAUUUUGGUAGUUUUAGGCUGAGGCAUUAGAUUUGAUUUAUUUCUUUAUUUGAUAUCAAAUGCGAAAUACUGCAAGUCAAAAGAAAUCAUUGAAAAUGUUAUUUAUUUGCCAUGGAAUACAAAUGCUAGAUUUUUUUUAUAAAUUCUGCUAAAACAAGCAGAGAUUCUUUUACAGAUACAAAAAUUGUCCUGCAACAACAUCUCUUGAAUUUAAAUUUGAAUUGAAGAAUUUAAAAAAAAAAAAAAAAAAAACUUAAACAAAUAUGAAAAUCACAAGCUAUUGCUGUCAUUUUAUUGUUUUAUCUUAAAUUUGAUAAAAAUAUCACUUGGAAUUGUGAAAAGAUAGCUUAACAUCGCCAUCUUUAACAUGAACAAGUAUUUUAAUUCUAUGACGUCAUUGUUUCUAUGAUGCUGUAAGUCAUUAAUGAAGAGGGAACAUUUGGCAUAUUAAUUGUCAUCCAAAAUGCAAAUGAUGAAUUUCCUUGUAAACUUUAUAUUUUUACACAAAAUAAUGAAUGUUUUUAUUAAAUUUAUUUUUAUAUUUUUAUACCAAUUUUCUUUUUACGUAUUAUAUGUUGCAUAAAGUGGUCUGUGAUAAAUAAAUGGGAUAACUUCUAGCAGAGACAAUUGCUAGUAAAAUUUAUGUGUAUUCUAACAGCUAUUUACAUUUCAAAGGAAGACAAUACUAUAUAUUUACUGUUAGCAUUCAGUUGUUAUUUAUUGUAACAUACGUACAAUGUAUUUCUCAUUGUCUGAUUAUAUUGUCUCCGAGAUUGUCUUCAUGUAUGUCAAUCGUGAUGUUGACCUUUGAUAUAUUCAUCAGAAUGUGAGGGAUUUUGAAAUUUAGUGUAUAAUAUAGUGUUGUAUCAAAUGCUUGGGGAAGUUAUAUUCCCUUGUGUCCAAAUUAAUUCCUCGAUUAUUUUAUUCCUAAAAGGAUUUCCAGAAUUUGUUUUCCCUGAAAUUAUUAUCAAAGCUAGCUUACAAAGCUACUAAGUUAUGUCUUUUGAUUGUAUCUCGUGUAAUUUCAAUUAUACACUGUUUUUGCUAGGAGUAUAUAUCUAAUGUUGGAACAUAUAAAAUGACAUUUAUAUUAUUAAGAUUUUUUUUUCUAAUGCUUUAUUAUUGAAAAUGUGAAGUGUUCGUUUUAUUUCAAUCACUGGCAUCAUACUGCGUUGAUUUACUUAUAUAUAUAUUUGAAUUCCCGCAUACAAAAUGUACUGGAAAAUAACUGAUAUUUCGGAAAUGACACUGACUCAAAUGAAAUGUAAUCUAUUGAUUAGUAAUGAUAAUAUUCCAGGUUGGAAUUAAACUAGAAUUCACAUAUAUUAAGAGCUUUGUAGUUAACGUCAAGAUAUGUGAAGCAAAUCACUGUCUUUCAAACUUAGCUACACAUUACUUUGAAUACAAUUUUCCUAAAUAAGUGGUUUGCAAAUGUGUUGAAAAACAGUGUUCUAUGCUGAAUAACAACUUAAGACUUCUUUCAAUAAUAAUAGAAGAAAUAUCUUCAUUAAUUUUGAAUAAUUGCCAGAUAUUUGUUUUAUUAAUUUUAACUUAAUAUCAGUGUCCUCGGGUUGAAGAUAGACUAAAUGCAUGUUGAUUAGUUCUGUCCUUACCUUUAACUCACCCACACUAAAAUAAAUAAAUAAAACGUGUGAUUAAUUUCGGGAAAAUAUUGAAAAUGCGUGGUUGGGAUGCCUCUUUAUUAUGGGCGAAAUUUCAAAUAAUUAAUCUGAGUGUCAUUAAUUGUAUCAAGGACGAUAACCCCUUGCCUAUAUAUAAGGAUUCGCCAUGACACAAAUUCAUGUACUUUAAAUGUCUCGACAUCUCUUUAAAUGUGUUACAAAUCUAUUCUUAAAGGACAAAAUCUUUAGUUAUAGUGAUGUUCCUUCUGACAUGGUCUAUCACUUAUUGCCAAUUGUGGAAGUAAUACAGUAAAUGAUAUUAUACUGUUAUCAAAGGCAAUUGCCUCUAAAUGUUAAAUUUCUAGUCAAUCUGUCACUUAUUUUCUGACCCCAGUCUGUGAUAAAUAAUAAAAUGGCAACAUAAAUAUCAAG